AGAAUAUAUAUUGUGAAUUUAAUUCAUGACUCUGAGUUAUAUAUACAUUUCUGGACGUUGAUAGAAGGUAUAAAAUGUCAGAAUCUGACUGGAAGGAGAAGAUAAUUCAAGAGAGGUUAGGAGGUAAAAAAGACUGGACUGACUCUGAGCGCCUUGAGCUCAGCCAUCAGCUGGACCGAGAACUAGAGGAGAAAUUUGAUCAACUUCUUGGCAAACCUUCUUCUGACAGCUCAAAAGUUGGUGAAACUUCCCGACCCAAAGAUGCCUGGACAGAAGAGAACUGGAAAGAGAAAAUGGCUGAGCAUCCCAUAUUCACCCCAUAUACUGGUGAGACCAAGGACGGGGUUGUGCAGGCUCCAGACAAUGCACUCACUGAUGGCUUGGCUCAGCUGAAAUUUAGUCCUGACCAUAACUCCCCUGAUGAACUGGCACGGAACUACAAGGAAGAUGGGAUUCACCAUUUCAAGUACAAGAAGUAUCGCCUUGCUGUGGCAAGUUUCAGUGAAGGCUUGCGAGUCAAAUGUACUGAUUCUGAAUUGCUCACUCAGCUUCUGAACAAUAGGGCAGCUGCUUACUUCAGACUUGGCAACUAUCGAUCAGCUAUCAGAGAUUGCGAACAGGCUGUGGCACUGAAACCAGAUUAUAGAAAAGCCAUCCACCGCGCUGCAGAGAGCGCUGACCGCCUCGGCCAAUGGGAGGAACUGCUCAAGUGGGCAGACAGAGGCUUGCUGCUAAAUCCCACUGAUGAGGUCUUUGUGGAACUGAGAAGAGCUGCUCUCGAAGAGAAGAACAAGAGCGAUCGUAUCACCCGGAAGCGGCACAUAGAAGAGCACCAGAAGCUGCUGGCCAUGAAGCAGCUCCUCAGCGAGAUCGAGAAGCGCGGCGUGAAGCUCGAGGAGCGCCAGGAAGCUGGCAGCACAAGGAAGGAUGAUGACUGCGAAGACGAAGAACUGCGCCGUGUGGAAAUUGAGAUUGCUUCCCUACCCAAUUUGGAGCCUUGUCAUCCUUCCGCUGUCGGUUCAAAAGUGCACCAGAAUAAAGCUGGCGAUUUAGUAUGGCCUGUCCUGCUUGUGUAUCCUGAGUACCAUCAGACUGACUUCAUUCAACAUUUCAACGAAAAACACUCGUUUUCAGACCAGCUUGAGGUGGUAUUUGGAGAAGGUAGCCCUCCAGCUCCGUGGGACAAGCAGCGUCAGUACAGCUUGUCGCGACUGGCCAUCUUCUUCGAGCACCGCGACGGCACAUCCCUGGUGCCCGUGCACCUCAGCAGUGCGCUGGGAGAAGUCCUCGCCGAUGAGAGAUUUCUCGUACGUGGAGGAACGCCAUCCUUUAUCAUUAUGGUGACGGAAAGCAAAUUUCUGAAGAGUUUUCAAGCAAAGUAUAAAUGAAAACAUUCCCGAAAUUAAAUGAAUUUCAUGUACCACUUCUUCUUUCUUCGUGUUGACGAGGAUAACCGUGCUAGACGUAUCUAGUCUUAUUUAUUUUAAAACAGAGCGCAUUUUUACAAUCUAAUACACUUUUUUUUCUUGUAAGCGCUACUUGGUUGUUGACACAUCUUAGAUAUUAUACGUAUCUCAUGACCUAGCAGCUCCUGUUAACGGCAGGAGACGAUUGAAUCAACCGUCAUCUGUUCUCGACAUUACAAGACUAUCUCUGUCACUAUUAAAUAAGUUGUCAGGUUUUUGAA